AUGUUUAGGACAACGUUGUCGAAGGCCUUGCGCGCAUCCCACCGGUCAUUCCACACCUCCGCGCCGGCGAGCAGAGUUGUUGCGACCAACCCGGUGAAGGCUCAGGAGGUUCCGUCAUGGGCCUCAGGCAACUAUCCUUUGAUUGAGCACGAAUAUGACGCUAUCGUAGUUGGUGCCGGAGGCGCUGGUCUGCGAGCUGCGUUCGGUCUUGCUGAGGCCGGGUUUAACACUGCAUGCAUCACCAAAUUGUUCCCGACAAGAAGCCACACUGUCGCCGCGCAGGGCGGUAUCAAUGCCGCACUCGGUAACAUGACUGAAGAUGAUUGGCGGUGGCAUAUGUAUGACACGGUCAAAGGUUCAGAUUGGCUUGGUGACCAGGAUGCGAUUCACUAUAUGUGCCGGGAGGCGCCUCGCACAGUUAUUGAACUCGAGCACUUCGGUGUUCCCUUUUCCCGAACCAAGGAGGGAAAAAUCUACCAGCGUGCAUUCGGUGGUCAGUCCCUCAAGUUCGGUAAAGGUGGCCAAGCCUACCGAUGCGCUGCCGCUGCCGAUCGUACGGGCCACGCGCUCCUGCACACACUCUAUGGCCAGUCUCUCCGACACAACACAAACUUCUUCAUCGAAUACUUCGCGCUCGACCUCAUUAUGCAGGAUGGCGAGUGUGUUGGUGUCAUGGCGCUGAAUAUGGAGGACGGCACGCUUCACCGGUUCAGGGCACACAAAACUGUGCUUGCUACUGGUGGCUACGGACGUGCAUACUUCAGUUGCACGAGUGCGCACACUUGCUCGGGUGAUGGUAACGCGAUGGUUACCCGCGCUGGUCUUCCCCUCCAGGACCCGGAGUUCGUUCAGUUCCACCCCACUGGUAUCUACGGUGCUGGUUGUCUGAUCACUGAAGGUUCGCGCGGUGAGGGAGGAUACCUCAUCAACUCCGAGGGUGAGCGGUUCAUGGAGCGUUAUGCACCGACCGCGAAGGAUCUUGCAUCUCGUGAUGUCGUGUCCCGUAGCAUGACGAUAGAGAUUCGCGAGGGUCGUGGCGUUGGUCCUGAGAAGGACCAUCUCUUCCUGCAGCUCAGCCACUUGCCCCCCCAAAUUCUCCACGAGCGUCUGCCCGGUAUCUCGGAGACUGCUUCGAUCUUCUCUGGUGUCGACGUAACGAAGGAGCCCAUCCCUGUCCUGCCCACUGUCCACUACAACAUGGGCGGUAUCCCCACGAAGUACACGGGUGAAGUUUUGACGGUCGACGAGACCGGCAAGGACAAGGUCGUGCCGGGUCUCUACGCCGCCGGUGAGGCUGCGUGUGUGUCCGUGCACGGUGCGAAUCGUCUCGGUGCGAACUCACUCCUGGACAUCGUCGUCUUCGGUCGUGCUUGCGCGCAUCAUAUCAAGGAGACGCUCAAUCCUGGCAAGCCCCACAAGGCGAUCCCUCAGGAGGCUGGCCUGCACAGUGUUGAGUUCUUGGACAUGAUCAGAAAAUCGGACGGCCCCAUCCACACAGCGAAAAUCCGUCUCGACAUGCAGAAGGCCAUGCAGGCUGACGCCGCUGUCUUCCGCACACAAUCGACUCUUGACGAAGGUGUGAAGAAGCUGCACAAGAUUUACCGAACCUACGAGCAGGUCGGCAUUAAGGACAGGAGCAUGAUCUGGAACUCGGAUCUCAUUGAGACGCUUGAACUUCGCAACCUUCUCCAGUGUGCCGUUCAGACCAUCACUGCUGCUGCUGCCCGUCAGGAGUCUCGUGGUGCGCACGCACGUGAGGACUAUCCUGAGCGUGACGAUGAGAAAUGGAUGAAGCAUACCCUGACAUGGCUGCCGGACGUCGAGAAGCCCGACGUCACGAUCAAGUACCGCAAAGUUCACGACAGGACACUGGACGAGAACGAGUGCAAGCACGUGCCGCCGUUCAAGCGCGUCUAUUAG